AUGCCUUGUGGAACUCGCUCCUGCCAUUCUGUGUUUACCAAACCCAGGAAGCCCUCUCCCCACCCUGCCAAUAACUGCAACCAUGCCUUGCCUGUGAGGGAUACCCAUGAGGAUGGGGGGGAUUAUCUCCCCAAUGAAUACAGCAAGAUCACCAAUGCAAAAUUGGUUUGGGCAAAGCCUGGGGUUCCCAAGCAUUGGGACAGAAACCAGAUGCCCCCUAAUGUGCCUGGAAGGGUGUGGGAAUGGCAGGAAGAAGAUAAUUACUGGCAGCUCUACAUGGAAAAGAGGGAGGGUCGCACUGAUAUGCUGGUGUUGGUUGACAUCCAUCACCACACAGCUCCUGGUGAACAACCUGAAGAAGCAACUAACUGGGUCAAGGAGAACUGCUUGUAUAUGUUCAUUGGGCAGGAUAAGGUUAUACAUGGAUAUGAGUGGGCUGAUGUUGGAGAUGUUAGCAUCAACCCUGAUUGGGAGGAGUUCUAUGAGACGGAUGAGGACAAUGACAUGGAUACUGAGGAGGAAUAUGCUAGGGAGAACAAUAGGGAUACAUGGAUCAGAGCAUGGCAAGCAGGGGAUUCUGAAGCUGCUUCCUCUCUAUGGCGAUAUUGGGUUGUAGCACAUUCAGAGCUGGUUAUCAAUGCAGCUGCACUGAUCUACAUGUACUGGCAUGGCAACAAGGACAUCAGGCCUGUUGACUGCCCACUGCAGGCUAAGGCAGUCAUGCAAAUGGACAAGGAUCUCCUGUUCAAGGAUGGGAAGAUUGGAAGUGGUAUCAGAGACAAUGGGUAUAAUGUUGUGGCUGCACUGGGCACACCUCAUGCAUGCUAUAAGAAAAUGAUGCACUGCUCUGUUUGUGGUGCCAGUCAUGAAGCACUGGCCCUACAUCAAUGCAAGAUAUGUGACUCUGGGAUGCAGGGGUGUGUAGAGAUGAGUUUGGCACAGAUAGAGGCAGCUGGAGGUAUUCCUUGCAUGAAGUGCUGCAAGGAUCAAGGAAUGCAUGCUCCUCCAUAUAAUUAUCAUGGCUCUCUGCCAAUCUGGUCAUUAGGGCCAGUGCAUGCUGAUCCAGUCAUUGUGAUCAUGGUGCACUGGCAGGAGUCUGGCAAGCAUACCAUGUCAGACUUGUCCUCAAAGAUUGUCCGGGCCUAUCUUGGGGAGAUGUUGCUGUCAGAGCAUGGUACAACAUGGUCUGUGGAUGACCAGCCAUCCAGACAGGCAGAUGGAAUGCAGCUCAUAUGUGCCCACAUUGCUGACUUGGUGAACAAGGUCAAGGCACUCUAUAAUAAGAAAUUCUGCAUUCUCACCAUUGUGGAUGUUCACUCAAAUGAUGGUAAUGGUGAGUUACUGUAUAACAAGGCCAAUAAGUACCAUACCUAUGGUACUCCUAUGCAAGUCUGUGCUAGCGUUCUGGGGACAGUGGUUCCCAAGGAGGUGUGCAAUGACUCCACCCCCAUUCUCUUGACAUGCAGUGGCAUGGUCCUGAAGGCACUGCACUCAGUACAGAUGUGCACAUAA